CAAUGUCUUGGACCCACUCUUAAUGUACCCCCUUCUUCCAAAAUCUUGGCCCAAAAGGGGACCAAAAAAAAAAAAAGGAGAAAAGAAAAACUUAUUAUACCCCAAUUUCUGUUUCAAAUUUUGGCGCUAGCUAGUAUAGUUCUCUCCGUGUGUGUGUGUGUGUAUAUAUAGUGGUGUAGGCGAGUGAGGUGUGAGUCCACACCAACACUUCCCCAAUCUCUACUUUCCUCUUAAGCCAUUUCCCACAAACUCAAAAUGAUGAGCAAGAACUGGACUAUGAUGGCGGUUUCUUCAUUCUUGGUUGCUUGCAUUGUGACGAAAAUGAUGGCCCAAGCAGAUAUUGUUCCAGGAAGUGCCUCUCAAUUUCGUAUUGCUCUCAGAUAUGGUUAUUAUGAUGAAAAAUGUGAGGAUCUUGAGAGCAUUGUGUGGAAAAAGAUGAAGAGUAUUGUCCACCUGCAACACAAUGCCCCUGCCCAACUCUUACGCCUUAUGUUCCAUGAUUGUUUCAUUGAGGGUUGUGAUGCAUCUAUUCUGCUAGCUGACAGUAAUCAGAAUGGGACUGUUGAACGUGAGGCUAUACCGAACAGGACGCUGAAAGGCUUCAAUUUCAUUGACACCAUAAAGGAUGAAAUUGAGGAGGCAUGCCCUGGGGUUGUCUCUUGUUCUGAUGUCCUUGUCCUUGCAACAAGAGAUGGCAUUGUUCUGGCUGGUGGACCAUAUUAUCCUGUGCUUACGGGCAGAAGGGACAGUAAGGAGUCAUUCUUUGAUAAGGCCAUGGCUGAAAUUCCACGACCAAAUGGGAAUAUCAGUGAAACUCUUAGGCUGUUUUCGCUCAGAGGAUUUGAUGAGAGAGAAACAGUGGCACUCCUUGGAGGACAUAACAUUGGGAGGAUUGGUUGUGAAUUCAUUCGGCCAAGGCUCAGUAAUUUCUUGGGCACAGGUUUACCUGAUCCAACAAUUCCUACUGACUUUCUUGAAGAGUUGAAGCAGAAGUGUCCACACGAUAACAACACCAUCAAUAAUAUGUUCCUCGAACAUACAGCUAGAGGUCUGAGUGAGUCUGCUAUGUCCUACUCCCAGGGACUGUCAGUGUCAGCAUUUUCCUCAAUUGCAGCUUCAUUUGAUAACCACUAUUACAAGACUUUGAUGAGAGGAAGAGGGCUGCUGUUUGCUGAUCAACAGUUGAUGGCUAAUGAAAAGACGGCUGCGGUGGUGGAGGAUUAUUCUUUUGACGACGGGACUAUAUUUAGGACAGAGUUUGCUCAUGCCAUGGCUAAGAUGUCAAAUAUUGGUGUUCUUACUGGAUCCAAAGGAGAUGUUCGGCACAGUUGCUCCCAUCUUAAUUCUGAUCAAUGAGAACUACUGAGACUUGUUUCAUUGACUUUUCCUAGUGUGGCCAGAUUUAGGGAAAACUGGGAUGGCAUAUAGUGAACUGUUUCUUUGAAUGCUAAUGAUCUAGUUACAAUUACUGACUUAACAAACUUUCUCAUGCUCAGCUUGCGUCUUUUGUAUGUACAACUAUGUGUGUCAAUAUGAUUUCCUGUUUUUGAUUGGCAUGAGCCAGACGGCAAUAGGGUGUGGCCGAAUGCGGAAUUCGGAAUUGCCUUAUGCCGCAUUAAGGUACGUACUAUUAUACUUGUAUC